AUGUCUAGCAGAAGGUCAAGACAACAAUCUUCUUCUUCAAGAAUUUCUGAUGACCAAAUCAUCGAACUUGUUUCUAAGUUGCGUCAACUUGUUCCUGAAAUUCGUCAUAGGCGUUCAGACAAGGUAUCAGCAUCUAAGGUCCUACAAGAGACUUGUAACUACAUAAGAAACUUACACAGAGAAGUUGAUGAUUUGAGUGAAAGAUUGUCUCAGUUAUUGCUUACAAUUGAUGCUGAUAGUCCAGAGGCUAAUAUUAUCAGAAGCUUAAUUAAUCAAUGA